CAUGGUUUUCUUAGAGAGAGAAAGUGAAGCACCUUUUGGAAGGACACUGAAAAAACGCGGCCAAUAAUUUCCGGUUCUAUCGUAUUGGCCGGUGAUGCCAAUCGUCGACGAUAGACCUCCGUCCGACGGUGGUGGUGGCGGUGGCGGCGGCAGCAGCAGCAGCAAAGUUUGGGGGUUAUUGAAGUUACCGUUUCGAAGCUCAGGUAACAGUACUCCACAUACAACAACGUUAUCUUCUUCCUACCAAAUCGAAGGAUCGAACGCUCAAAGGAAAAGCGAAAAUCAUAGUUCUAGUUCCAGUUCCAGUUCCAGUAGCUCGGUCUUAUCGGUGGCUAGAUCUCUGAUUCCGACGCGACGUCGUCUUCGGCUUGAUCCGCGCAAUAAACUCUAUUUUCCAUAUGAACCUGGUAAGCAAGUCCAAAGUGCUAUUAAGAUAAAAAACACCAGCAAGUCUCAUGUAGCUUUCAAGUUUCAAACAACUGCACCUAAAAGCUGUUUCAUGCGUCCUCCGGGUGCUAUUCUGGCUCCAGGCGAGAGUAUUAUUGCAACAGUUUUCAAGUUUGUGGAAGCUCCAGAUAACAAUGAAAAGCCGACAGACCGAAAGAGGAAAGUAAAAUUCAAAAUCAUGAGCCUGAAAGUGAAAGGAGUAAUGGACUACGUACCUGAGCUAUUUGAUGAGCAGAAAGAUCUAGUAGCUGUGGAGCAGAUACUGCAAGUUGUUUUCCUAGAUGUGUCACGUCCAAGCCCGGCCCUGGAAAAAUUGAAGCGCCAGUUAGCUGAGGCUGAGGCCGCCCUUGAAACCCGUAAGAAACCUCCAGAAGACACGGGACCGAAGAUUGUCGGUGAUGGCCUUGUCAUAGAUGAAUGGAAAGAGAGACGGGAGCGAUACUUGGCUCGACAGCAAGUUGAAGGAGAAGACUCGUUAUGAUAAUAAAAGAUAUGGUUUCUUAAACCGUACCACGUACUGGAAUUUCUGUUUGUAAAACGCUUUCCCGAGUUGAAUUUGUAACUUGGAGAAGUUACUAUUUACACAUAUUUAACCUGUUGGUGGUUACCUGUAGGAGGUACAAGUCAAAACAACAUAAAAGUACCGUUUGGACUUGCACCCGACAGUUCCAUCAUCCGGUAAACCAUGACCCUAUCCUCGAACUUCUUGUGUGAUUAGCGAUUUAUAUGUUCAUUAAAGUUAUAUGUUCUUUAUGGAUGCC